AUGCUUAGUGGAAGCUGUAGAGCUAGCAAACUAAAAAACCUGGAGAGCAAGCUGCCAAGCAUAGAGAAAAUGAGUUGUUGGCUUGAUACUGACGAUGAACUCGAAAUCAUCGACAGUACUUCCGUAGAGAUGAACCUCCUCAAGAGGAAGAAGCCUGAGGAGCAAGAAGAUAGAAAAAUGAGCUGGGUGGUUGAGGUUGACGAUAAACUCGAAAUGAUGGGCAAUGCUUCUUCAAGUUCAUCCCCCAAGAAACACUCUAUCUACAGAGUACCACCCUUCAUUGCACGCCAAAACAAGAAGGUCUACAGUCCUCAAACAGUGUCAUUUGGCCCUUACCAUCACGGUAAGGUUGAUUUGAAACCAAUGGAGUAA